UUUGUUACUGUGCGGCUAGCAGCUCGCAAACGGGAGCCCGUCGCUCCCAACGUACUCCACCAGCCGGAUUAGAAAACGGUAGAAACCUUUGCUCAUUAACAAUGAAACGAUGGAUAUUAAAUACCAAACAAAGAGGAUACACUUAUGUAUAUAUUUCUGGAGAUUACGUGGAAAGUUACAAUCUCUCGGAAUAAUCAUGCAUCUUUGUUCGCACAACACUAAAAUGGUGGACCAUACCCAACAAGACCAUACAAAACGGAUGUAUAAUUGAAUAAAGUUUGUGGAAAUCAUACCCCUUUUACUUGGUGCUACUUAUUAAAGAUGGAAUAUAUUAGCUAGUUUCGUUUUUUUCUAGUGGUUUUAGUGGAUGUACCAAGUCGAAUAAAUAUUGAGUAUAGUAUUUUCAUGGUGAAGGUAUGGCAUGGGUUUUUACAAAUCCAACAUGGCGCAGACGGAGUUGUUGAAUGGACAAUCAAUAGUCGGGUGACGUGGUCGGGGAAAACAAACUUAUUGCUUUUAUGUUUGAUUUAUUUUACUUUUGUUAUAUAAUACAUUUACCGCAUGCAACUACAAUAAUCUUAUUAGUUACUUGUUUUUGUUGAUUGAUGUCGAAAAGCACAUUGACGCGUAACGCGAAAUAGGGCCGUAUUUUGAAACGGGGCAUAGUUUGGUCAUGACGUCACCCCAAACAUAUUCUUGCCAAGCGCGUAGCAAUCGAAAGAGUUGUGUACAUUCACAAUGUUCACAGUUGUUAGUAGUUUUAUGAAACAGCACCCUGUUUCAUAAAACCAUGUAGUUGCAGGAUAAUGGUACGUGAAACGAGGUAUCUUUUGGUACGUGAUCUACCCGAAAAGUCUUCCGAAGAAGCGGUUAUUAGCCAUUUUCAACGAUAUGGUAAAAUCCAGAGUGUGAAGCUUCAUCCUGUCAAAGAAAAUGAAACAUCCAUAUCUGCGACGGUUGCGUUUAUGGACAUCAAGUCCGCCUCGAAGGCGCACAGCUCUGAGAACAUCCUCGACGGGUGCACGGUGAGGACGGACUACUGCGAGGGCUCGGCCAGUGGGUGCGCCGCAGGCCGGCCCAGGGAACCCUUCAUCCCUCCCAGCAACAACCGCGGCACGGGAUCAUCUUUCACGUGGACUAAAGGGACUGAAGAAAACACAACUGACCCCUCAUACACCAACGAUCAGCAGUUCCGAGGUCGAGCAAGGGAACGGACGUUUAACCAGACAAAAUUUCCACAUGGGAAGCAGUUUGAAAGAAGUGGUAGUUUUCAGCGGCAGACGGGCACGCUACGACAGUCUGAAAAUUACUCUAGCGAGAAGGAAGUUUUGGAUAAGUCGCGGACAUCAUCACCACAUCACUCUCAGACGAGCAACCGUGUGCGCAAGAAGACGUCACGGUCAGCUAGUCAUUCAAGGUCACGGUCGAGCAGCAGCGGGAGCUGGUCCUCCCGCAGCAGUGGAUCCCGAUCGCGAUCAAGAAGCCGUACUAGUAGUCAUGGAAGCCGACCUCAGAGUUCAGUAAUAGGCCUGGUGUUGCCAGUGGAGACGAAAGAGUCGAAGACCGACAAGUCGAAGAGUGGUGAUGACCAGUCGAGUACAGGAGAACCGAAACACCUUGGGAUCUGUGUGACGGGGCUGCCCUUGAGAUCAAGUGAUACCAGCUUGCGUGAUGGUCUGUUCCAUGAGUACAAGAAACAUGGCAAAGUUACGUCUGUGCAGGUGUGCGGAGACUCUGAAAAUCGUUAUGCCAUUGUCAGCUUCAGAAGACCUGAAGAUGUAAGCAAAGCUUUGGAGGCCUCUCAGGGGAAACUGUUUUUUGGAACCAAGAUUAAAGUUGAAGCACACGAAGGAGUUGAAGUGGAAGAUGGCGACCUGCGAUCUAGCGAGGCUGAAAUGGAUGAGUAUCACCCAAAGGCCACACGGACGUUGUUCGUGGGAAACCUCGAGAAGGAUACGUCCGUACAAGAUCUUCUAGAGCGAUUCAAUCACUUUGGAGAAAUUAUUCAGGAUGUGGAUGUGAAGCGGCAGGGCGCGACCUCAGCGUAUGCCUUUGUACAGUAUGCCGACAUGACUAGCGUGGUGAAGGCACUCCACGACAUGGAGGGAGAACACAUCGGCGCUAACAAAAUUAAGCUGGGAUUUGGCAAAAGCAUGCCAACGAACUGUGUAUGGGUGUACAACAUCGGCGACAACGUUGGUGAGAAGUUCCUGUGUCGUGUGUUCACGCGGUACGGGGAGGUGAGUCACGGCGUCAUCGACCGCGUCAAGUGUAAGGCUCUCGUCUACUUCACCAGUCUGGAUGACGCACAGUAUGCCGUCAACGAGAUGCGCAACAGAAGCAUUGGAGGAAAGAAAAUUCAGAUUGAUUUUGCAAGCCGUGAAUGUCAGAACAAAUUCUUUGACAAGAUGGAGAAGACCGGACAGCUGAGGCCGGGGGAGUGGCCGGAUGAGAGGGGAGGGGCCAGAAUCAACCGCAAAGUUUCAGAGACCUUCACAGAGGAAACCAUCUUCCCAGCCAAAUUCCCAGCCACAUUUAAGAAGGGAUAUUAUCGAGCAGGCAGAAAUAGUCGCUCAGGAAGUUGGAGAGGGACAGAGCCAUUCACGGAGGAAUUUACUGGUACCAGAAGACAAAGGUCGACGGAGAGUUUCCCGACACCGACUAACGGGGAUUACUACAAGAGUGCUGACGAUUCAUACGAACAGGAACUGCGUGAAUAUGGCUUUAGUCAGCGGGAGAGACGGGAACGGGGGCUCGGGGAUGAAUGCAGCUUCGACGAGAGAUCCCGACUGUCUCAUGAGGUAUCGGUCGACGAAUACGAAGAACGCAAGAUGGACAUUUUCCGCAGCGACAGUCCCGGCAGUGAUAGGAAUUCGUAUGUGUCGGACAGUCGCUACCGAAACCGUUCCGAGGACAAGGGCUACCGGGAACAUUACGCCGAUCCGGAUCGCCUUCGUGGCAGCCGGGACUUCGACCAUCACAGCGACAUCAGUCGCAGCCAAUCACCUGUCUCGUUUCAUAGCACUGGGCGGAGCCCCAGCCGGCGCAAAGACGAUGAUGUUGCAUUGCACGGGUCGUACACGCCGCCCACGCCGACAGAAGAAGAGCCGCCCAUGUACAGAGGCUCGUACUUCUCCGGCAGUGGGGAUACAGAUUAUUCCAGGAAAUCACGUGAUAAAAACGACGUGCUUCACCGGCACCACUUGUCUGACGAGACAUUGGUGAAGUCGCAGCCAUGGAGUGUUGUUUCCAUGACGAUAGGAAGUGCUAAACCUCAGUCUGAAAUCGUAAAGGUGCCCGAAAAGGUGACCUCGAGAAAACGUUCCUACGAGGAUGCAUUGACUAAAGAUGGUGUGAAACUGGAUCAUAAGAUUUCAAAAAAAGUGGACCGACAGGAUAUCAGUGGUGUGCUAAUAAAAUCUACUGUGUCUGUGGAAAGGUCCAAACUUGUGUCGAAAGCUCUCCAUCCGGAUAAGUUUCGAUUGGAUAAGAAUGAAAAGGAAUUACUUCUGAAGCAUUCUCGAUACGACAAGAUCAUGCAUAAGGCGUUCGGUGAGGGACAUGUGACGGGAAGUCCUUGUUCGACAAACAGCCAUCCCGAGUCGGAUAAUGGCUCGCUAGGUGAAUCAGACUUGUUGGAGCUUGACGAGCAGAAGCAGUUGUUGUUGAAAAAGCUGCAGCAGCUCGAGGAUGGUGGUACGAUGAGUGAUAGUGAUAACCAGAAAAACGAUGUACGGAUAGUGUCGAAAAAACGCGAAAGCUUGGACAGUCGCAUUUUCAAAAGUUUAAAAAGCGGCAGGUUAGAAUCCAAAAAGAGUAAGCUGGAAGCGGUUAUCGAUAGCACACAGAGUUAUCGCAAACAGAUGGAGAAAAUGAGGAUUCUUGAGAUAACUAAAGUGGGGAAGGACAUCGGGGUUGAGAAACGACGGAAGAAAGUAGUGGUUUCUUCCGCUGUGGUCCCAGUUGUGUUAAAAAACGAUGAUAGCGAGGGUGAGGAGACCAUUGCCAAUUCACCAAAAGAAAUUUCUGCUGAUUUCCGUCAGAUCAAAAGGAGAAAGUGUGAAAGUAAGGACAGUGACAGCCUCAAAGGUCGUUCGUACAGGAAAAAAGAGAAAGGAUUUAGCAGUGACGAUGAGAGUGAGGUGCGGGGUCUUAAGAAAAGAGACUCCUAUGACUUGUUGACCAAGACUAUAAAAGUUCACGAUUCAUCAUUUCAUUUUCCAUUAUCUAAAUCACCCAGGUACGAUUCUCAUACUCCAUUAGAACCAUUAGAACAUUUGGAGAAAAAGUGUUUACCUGUCAUUAUUAAAGAUGAGUGUGAUGAAGUGUUAGAAGAUCCACGGAAAAAGAAAUAUUCCAAUUACAGGGAACACAUUUUGUCCUCUGUGCUGGGCAGAAAUGUUACACCAAACAUUGUGCCAGCAGAUAGUUCAACAACUUCGCCAAAGGACGAGAAAUUGACUUUUGUGAUACAGAACACGCCCGGGUGUCCGUCGAGUCCACGGAUGGACGACUCGGGUUUACCCGAACCUAGUGAUGACGUUCAGGAGAUCAGUCCGAAGGACGCCAACACCGUAACGCAGAAGUGGACUAGACCUGUUCCGUUUGACCUGUCCGAGCCUGCUGUCAAGCCGGAGGACGAGAAAUCUGAUGCCUCUGGUGAACACAUUGAAGGCUUGGUCGAUUCCACAUCAGUAUUGUCCUCUCUCAGACCGCACAGUCCGUCUCCUCUGGCAGCCGUUGAUGAUGAAUUCUCCGACAGCUCCGACGAGGACCCGAAGACUCCUGGUGAGCUCAGUCUGGAGGAGAGGAUUCGAAGGCUGGAUGAACAGAUGAGCAAAGCUGCCCUGAACAAGCCUUUGGAGUUGCAGCUCUUGGCCAACACAUCGGUUCCUAGUCCCUCCAGUCAACCACUCAGCACAACCAGCCUCUAUUCCAAGUACAAGAUUAAGAAGCGGCAGGAUGCCCUGAGUUCUGAAUCCACUACAGCUACAGAGGGUACGGAUGCGUCAUCCGCUAUGGAAAAGUCCAAUGAACCCUCUGACAUAGUGAAGCAGUUGCUGAACAGGAGAAGUAGAAGCAUUCUUGAUCAAGAUUCUAAACGACUGCAGCAAAUAACUGCUGACAAUAAUGACACUAGAGAAUCUACUGUGCCAGCAGCAAUUUCGACACUAGUGAAAAUUCGAACAAAGGCUGAAGCCAAGGCGAUGCCGGUAACAACACAUAUUGGUCCUCUGGGAACCCAGGCUGUUGUAGGUAGCUUGGAGUCGAUUACCUCUCAGUCACAUAUAGUGUCGCCGGUAGCUGUUAGUCAUCCAACUUUGGGAGCCAAGACACCACAGCUUCCGCAGCCAGCCCAGCCAACACAACCAGUACAGAUUCCACAGCCAGCUCAGAUAGCAAAGCAGGAGCCUCAAACGCCAGAUGAUACAGAGAAGAAACAAGAAGUUGCUUCUUUACCAGCAGUAACAUCUCCACCAAGACCACCUCUUAGCACGUCGGAAGCCAACAAGGAAGUAAACGUUCCACCUGCAGCAUCUUCUGCAGAAUCAUCCUCUAGUCGAGACAUGCACGAGAUGGCAUCAGAAAGUCUCUCUGAUGUAAACCAGAGUCAGACUGCCCAACAUCAGGAGGCAUUGUUCGCAGGUGUGGGUCUUCCUCCAGCAACAAAUCUUCCAGUACUACGAUCUCCUACCAUGACUUCAGCAACUGUACCUACGAUACCCAGGCCAAUGGAAAUCCAAGCACCGGGUGUAGCAGUGCCGGCUGCAGCACCUGUUGUUACUGGUACCACUGUAAAAGAACCAUCUGGCUGCUCUCCGGUUACAACGCAGGCUGGGUUUACAGGAACAGUGACAUCACAGACGCCCGCUGUUGUAGCUGAUCACAAACAGGAUGCAUCAGUUUCUCCUGUGCAGCCAAAAGGACUUGCAGAUACUGUGAUCACAUCUGUAGGAAGUGUUAUUCCUAAUUCAGAGUCAAGUGUGCCAUCAUUACCCAUGGCUACACAACAGUGUAAACCAGAACCGAUAUCUUCUGUUGCUCCACCAGUGGUUAAUUCAGAACUUGAACCACAGAGUCGGAUACCGUCAGCAUCUCAUAUUGUAGGGGAGGUAAAACCAGAGACAAAUGAAAAAAUAUCUGUUACAGACACAACAAAACCUUGUCCAGAAAAGGUUUUACCCCUCCCACCCAAAGCAGCUGAAACGAUUCCAGAAAAGAUGAAAACAGAUACAUGUGCUCCUCCUGUUAGCUCCAUUCCGUCCACUACACCAAGUUCAUCAAGUGUUUCUAAGACAACACCUUCUUAUCAUAGAUCAAAGUCUAGUGAUGAAAAGAGUGCAAAAACAAAAACUGUUAAUCAAAACAGGUCUUUUGACUUCUUUGAAAAGACUCCUGACCCAGUUCCUCAUACAGAGAAGAAAAAAGAAACAUUCCAUAAAAGUCAUGAUUCACAUGGCCAUCACAGCUCUUCUUCUCAUAAGGAGAAAAGUAAAUCUGAAACGUCCAGCAAGAAGGAGCAUGAUGCGUCGUCGUCUCAUAAGCACACGCAUUCAAAGUCGACGUCUCCUGAAAAAAAGUUGUCCAAAUCUCACAGUCAAGAUCAUUCGGAAAAGAAAUCUGACCACAGUUCCCACAAAUCAACUGAAAAAGUGAGGCAUGACUCUGGCAGUAAAAGUAGCCACACAGAAAAAAUGAAGACAAAACACAAAGAAGGCGAUUCCAAGAAAGAAAAGGAUCACAGCUCUAGCACAGAUAAAGUGAAACCGAAGGAGAAACACGAUGAUAAGAAGAAAGACAAAAAAUCUGAGGAAAAGAAAUCGGAUGACAAGAAGUCCGAGAAGAAAACGGAGGACAAGAAGGAAGAACAUGAGAAAAAAGUUGAGAAGAAAGUGGAUGAAAAGAAAAGUGACAAGAGAAAGGAAUCCACAUCAUCGACAUCUUCAUCCAAGUCAAAAGAAACAAAGUCUGAAAAACCGAAGUCAUCUUUGCCAACAGCAGAGAUGAAGACUGAAAAAUCACAGAGCUCAAAGAUUCAGGAAAAGUCCAGCAAAGAGCAUAAGAAGACAUCUUCAUCUUCUUUGAAGGAUGUUUCUUAUUCCAAAGAGAAGGAAAAAGACCGAGAUAGGGAAAAGGAAAAAGAGAAGGAGAAGGAGAAAGAGAAAGAGAAGGAAAAGGAAAAGGAGAAAGACAAAGAUAAGGAUAAAGACAAAGAUAAGGAUAAAGAUAAGGAUAAAGAUAAGGAUAAAGACAAAGAUAAGGAUAAAGAUAAGGAUAAAGACAAAGAGAAAGACAAAGAUAAGGAUAAAGAUAAAGACAAAUCACACAAAGAAAAGGAUAAGUCUUCAAAAGAUAAAGAAAAAUCAUCAAAGGAUAAAGAGUGCAAAGAUAAAGAUUCAAAGAAAAAGUCCAAAGAAAGUGAAAAAUCCCAGAAGGAAAGUGAGAAAUCCCAAAAGGAAAGUGAGAAAUCCCAAAAGGAAAGUGACAAAUCUCUAAAGGAAAGUGAAAAAUCCCAGAAAGAAAGUGAAAAAUCUCAAAAGGACAAUGAGAAAUCCCAGAAAGAAAGUGAAAAAUCCCAAAAGGAUAAUGAUAAAUCUCAGAAAGACGGUGACAGGUCUCAAAAACAUGGUAAAAAUAGUACCAGCAGUAGCAAGUCCAAGAAUGAAAACACUCGUAAAGAAAAAACAUCAAAAUCGAAGGAAAAGGAAAAAUCGGGGAAAGAGAAAACCGUUAAAAAGGAUGAAAAGAAGAAACCAGAUAGGAAGCUGACUGCAUGGGAAAAAGAUCAGAAGGCCCAGAAACGUCUUAUUGCUGAAUUGGGUAUUGAUGCACUGCAGCAGUUGUCAUUUACGUCCAUGUAUGACAAGGUUAAACAGCGUUCAACAGAGAAAGAGAAAGAAAAAGAUAUUGAAGAUGUGAGGAAAUCGUUCAGCAGACUGCAUCAGACACGUUCAAAGAAAGGCCGGUUCAGUGGUCAUGAAGAUUCGGACACUAGUUUGUUUGAUUCGGAUGGAUCCGAUUCAGAUAACAGCAGCCGGAAGGGGCAUGCCGAAAAGAAUAAAGAAAAGGUCAAGAAGAAAAGCAACAUCAUUGAGAGUUCAUCAUCUGAUGAAUUGGAAGAGUAUGUAAGAAUUAGACGGAAGAAGAAACAAAACAUGUUGAAGAGAACCAGGCAGAUUUUAGGAUCAGUUACGGACUCCCAGGAAGACAUGGAUGUAGAAUUGCCUUCUGAUGAACCUUCUUUCCCGAAGAAAGCGAAGAAAACUCCAACUAAAAAGGCAAAUCCUGUACAUGAAUGGACUGAUUCAGAGCUUGAAGAUAAUGUUGAGGAAAGCAAGUCUUCUACAAAGAUGGAAGAUUAUACAUCUCUCAGCCAUGAUGUAACCAUGACAGAACCAGACACAAUGGACGAAGCAGAAAAGAAACCGUUGGAGAAGAAAGAAAAGAAAAAGAAGAACAAAGAUAAGAGCGAGAAGACAUCUAGUGCUAAACCUUCAAGGAAGAAGGAUGAUGAGAAAAGUCACAUGGAGAGUAAGAGCUUGCAGGAUGAUCACCCUAUCAGUACGGCUGUUGCUGAAGUUAAGAAAGAGAGGCAUGAAACAAAAGAUGCAAAGAAGAAGACAAAGGAUCACAAAGACCAGAAAACAUCACAGAAGAGUGAAGAAAAGGUUGAACUUGAAGAUGAUUCCAAAGAAGAUGCUAAAAUAAAAGCAAAGAAGGAAAAAGACGACUCAAAGUCUAAGAAAUCAUCCAAGUCUGAAGAAGGGAAGGUCAAAUCGAGCAAAGCAGAUUUGAAGGAAAAGCACAGUAAGUCCAAAGAUUCUAAAGUAAAAGUUCCUAAGCCUCAUGUGAAGACGCCAGAUUUGAAAGUGAAAGUGGAAAGCUCCGACUUGAAGGAUGUUAAUGAUGUUAGCAUGGAUGAGAAAACGCAGGAGAAAUCUGAAGAAUUGCCACCAAAGUUGAUUAAAGCUGAUUUGAAGGAAAAGAAGUCUAAAAAGUCUAAGACAAAGAAAAGUGUUAAAGAAAUGGAAGAGAUUACAAGUGCAGAUAAAAACAAAGAUGUAUGUACUACACCAGUUAAAGAGGAACAGGAUUGGUCAAAUGAAUGUGCUUUGUCUUCACCUGUACUAGUCAGUCCAGUAAGAGACCAUGAAAGAAACAUAUUCGGGGAUUUCGAAGCAUUUAGCAAACUUCCUAGUCUGAAUGUUCAGAAAAGUGAAUCUGAGAAGUCUUCUCUUGUUAAACAGCCAAGAAAAGAAGACCAUUCUGACACAGAAGACAACAUCACAAAGACCAAAAAGACAAAGAAAAAGAAGAAAAAGGAAGGAAAGUUGAAAGAGAAAAAGGAAGAAUCUGGUAAGAGAACGCAGGACGAAACUGCUCCAGUUUUAGAAAAGGAGGAAGGUACAAAAACAACCGAAUCUUCCGACGUUGGCAGCAGAACACCAGGGGCUGACCAGAAGGAGAAAGACGGUAAUGCCACAAAAACUAAACAUCAUUCUAUGGAUGUGGAUUCUAAUUCCGAGAAUAAAAAUGCUAUUAUGAGUCCAUCGUGUGAUAAGGCCGAGAGAGGCCUAUUUGAUAGGCUUACAGGUUCGUUUAACAAAACAAAAAGUCCUCCAAGAACAUAUAGUGAAUUUGGCACCAGUGACAUCCUCAGUCGUUUUGUAGAUUCUAGUAUCAGUAUAGUGGACAAAAACGUGGAUACUAAAAAUAAAGACUUGAUGUCGGAAAUUGUUAUUGGAGAAAAAUCUAGACAGCUCAGUGGUCAAUCCCUUGAUAAGAGUGACAUCUGCCACAUUGGCAAUGAGUUGAAAAUAUGUUCUGGUGAGAGUGAGUUCAUUGUUGGAGAUAGUGACUUCAUUACUGGUGAUAAUGAUAUUGAAGUGUGUGGAGAUGAAAUUCACUUUGACUUUGAAGAGAAAAAUCUGCUCAUAGACUUCGAUGCAAAGGAACCCGAAUCAACAGCUGAAGUGGUCAGUAGAAAAAGUGAAUCGCAGAAAGAGGUGAUUGGUAUGAAAACUAAGACGAAAAAUCAGCUGAAGAAAGAUGUCAACAAGGCUGCCAAAAAUGAAGCUAAGGCCAACAAAAAGGUUAAGAAGAACGUGGUUAAGGAAAAGAAAGAAAAGAAAGAGAAGAUAAAAAAACCUAAGAAGAAAACAGCAUCACCAUCCGCUGCUUUGAAAAAGAGUGAUAAUGUCAAUAAACUGUUUAGCUCCGAUUUGAACAAACGAUCUAACGACUUGUAUGAAUUUGAUGAUUCUGAGACAACCACUGAAGCCUACAGUCACACGAGGAGGCUGCAUAAGGAAAGUGACCCAGGAAAGGAAUCUAAAUCUAGUGAUUCAGGACCACUGCUCAUGCGACAGGAAAGUGAGGGAAAGAAGUACUCGCUCCAAGCUCUGGCAAAAGCAGCCUUUGGACCACAAGAAGUUGUGAAAUCCUCAGAAGACAAACAACCGAAAGAACAACCCAAACUCUUGGAUUGGUCCCGGCUUGUUAAGCCACCUUUUAUGGAGACAAAAGAUGACUCUCCUCGAUCUUUGGAAGACAUGGAUCCAAGUAACCUGAUCGUUCCAUUGCCAGAGGAGAAGGAAGAUGAGGAGAACACACUGGGUGAAGAUUUAACUGGCCAUCUUGGAGUGCCAAACACAGCUGCACUUCCUCCUGUUCCAAGUACUAGUUCACCUGAAAGGAAAGAACAAGAGGCUGAACUGACUGUUGAUACUUCCCAGACCGUUCCUCCAGUAGAGAACGUCACAGACUCAACAGAUGUAGUAACAGCUGAAAAUUCUGAAGGGAAUACCCUCGAUCCAAUGUCAUGUGAUUUAGACAAUGAUGAGUUGGCAGUGCAAGAAGCAUCAGAUGAGGCUGCCAGAGCAGUCGAAUCGAUCCUGUUUGACUCUUCAGAUCCUUACGUUAUUUCUAUGCCAGAAGCCACUGAGCCUAGUGUACAGCAAGACGCACAGCCUGCCGACAAAGACAAUAUGACACCAGAAUUCCAGCCUCAAACCUCAGGUUCUAGUGAAUUUGUGAUGGAAUCGCCACAGCAACAGGUACCUUUAGAACAACCUUCAGAGUCCAUUUCUGAAGAGCUGGAACAAAGUAAAUUUAUAUCUGAUUCUGUGAAUCAAGACCAAAAUGUUGAAUCAGCUGAACAGGACAAUAAAACUGAUGACUCUGAUUCCAAACUUCCGGCAACUCCAAGGCGAGGACAACGCAGAAAGGCUAAAACACCCAAAUCUAAAGGAAAUAAAGCUGAUGCUUCACAGGAAGCUUCUACUGCUGCUGAAAAUCUGCAGGAAGGAACAGAAUCUGAAAAACUUCAGAUGCAGCCAGAAACUGGCAGUGGUUUUACGUCUCCAAAAUGGGACUUUGAGAAAACCGAAGGUGACGAACUUCCUUCAGGUCAAGAUCUUACCAUCCCUGAUGACCUUCGGAAUUCUAGGUCGCCAAGAGGUGACAAGUCCAAAAGUCGAGGCAAUUCACGAGCACGUGGUUCAUCAAGGGGGCGACGUCAAACACGCGCUACAGCUACUGGUAAAGACAGUAAUCUGGAUGGAACCAUUGACACCGAUGUUAACAAGAACAUGCAUGAGGAACACAGCAACAGAUCAUUGUCUUUCUCUUCAGAUGAAAGUUUUGGCCUGAAGAUUUGUCAGGGUAACGAGCUGGAUUCUACCUUGGACGAUGAAGAUGGUCAGCUUGACCAGGAUGCCAAGUCUGAAGGUGAAGGUCAUCUGGUAAUUGCAUCUGAUGCAUCGCCGCAAGAUUCCUCGUACAAGACACAACGUUCCACGAGGCAGAGGAAGCCAACCAAUUACAAAAUGAUGGAUUCCGGAAUACCUGCAUCUUCCUCUCCCAGACCAAUCCGAGCUGCAGCUUCACCUAGAGCUCAGAGAGGUGCGCAGUCACCAAAGAACAUUACCUCUCCUAGAGGCAGAGGCUCUCCCAAGCCAUCAGAUCUGGGCUUGCCAGUGGUCAAACUUGAGAAAUUGGAGAUGGGUAGAGCUAAGAAGAAGGAUGAUUCAGCUAUUAAGAAGGGCUUGAAGGAUGAAACUGAGGAUGAUUCACAGAAUAUUCCAUUAACGUUUGAUGACUGGAAAUCCGGAUCUGGAUCAGGAUCUCAUCCUGCUGAAUCUGCUCCAAUCUCAGGAUCUAAGGAGGACAUCUAUAAGUUUGAGCUCAGCGAACAAGAGCAGAAACCUGAACCAACACUUAGACUGAGAGCGCGAGGAGGAAAGAAGAAAUCCACAGACAACAUGGACACUGUUGAGCAGCCUGCCACAUUGGCUUCAGUUAAUGUCACGUCUGCUCAUUUUCCACCGACAUCAUCGGCAGCAUCUUUUGUGUCGCCUCCAGUUCCGGCAUCAACUGCUAGCUCUCAUUUAAGCUUCACAUCUCACACGUCCUCUGCAUCAAUGUUCAUGCCCUCUUCAUCACUGGCUACGACAGAUGGAACAAUUCCAAUUUCAUUUGCGUCCUUGCCACCGGUUACCUCUUCUCCAGUUAUUGUAUCAUCAGCACCCGCUUCAGUCGGCUACCUGCCGCCUACAGUCUCAACUCCGACAUUGUCACAGGCAACAGCAGCAACAGCAUCGCACUAUGUUCCUCCAGCAUCGACACCACAGCAGACCCAGGCCCAGACUAUUGCUCACAUCAUGGAGUCGAUCAAAGCUAAGCAUGCUGCAGAGCAGGAAGCUGCGUCGAUGAGCAACAUUGAUCGAAUCAUCGACGCUGUGUCAAAGGGCAAUUUCAGCAUGCCAGAGAGUCCAGUAGUUGAACCAAAGCAUGAGGCUCCGACUGCACUGGUGUCAAUACCUUCGUCAACUGCUGAAGGUGUAUUGGACAAAAACGGCAUCCCAAAGAAACCUGACAUAUGGCGGAAUCUUCGAAACAAAGAGGAGAUGAAAAAGGAUACCAUAAUAAAUUCGGACUUGAUGCGCAUGGCUGCAACACAUGGUGGAGUCCCAAUGGGAGCUGCAUUUCCUGGCAUGGAUAUGGCAAUACAUAGCAGGAAAGACCUCAAACCAGCAUCAGUGCAGCAGCAGCAACAGUUUCAUCAACAGCUACAACAACAGCAGCAGCAGCAACAUGCUCAGCAGCAGUCGGCACACUCACAGCAGGAGCUGCCAGGACAGGAACCACUUGCCCUGGUGUCCACAGCCGCAGCCACAUCCACAUCCAACCCAGUUGUGUCCAGAAGUCAGGACAAUCCUCUAAAGAUAUCUCUGCCGAUUCCAGUUUCUGAAGGAAUGUUCCACAACAUGCUGCCUGGUUCUGUGUCUGCUCCAGGUUCCAUACCCACCAGCAUGGUGUCUCACAACCCAAACCUGAUGAUGGGCAAACCACUGUCGGCACCAGCAUCAAUGUCAGGCAAACCACGAUCUCUGCCACAGCCGAUAAUGACGCCACCUCCUGCACAGAUGAGCCCAAAUUCUGGAGUCCAGCCUCAGCGGCCCCAGAGUGUUCAGCUUCCUGUGCAGCAUGUUCCUGUUAGUAGUCCGGAUAUUCCUCAUGGACCAUCUAGUGCUCCUCACAGUCAUCCUCAGAUGCAACAGCUCCUGUCAUCUGGUGUCAAAGAUUCGCAUGGGUUGACACCAAAGUCUGCCAGUGCCAACUUGACAGACGACAAACACCCUGAGAAAGCGUACCCAGCAAUGGGGGACACUCCAAUGUUUGUUCACGUUCCACCUGGGUAUGUGAGACCCGGAAUGCCAGGUCCACAAGCUUUCAUGUUUCCUCAGGAUGAGGCACAGCACCAUCCUGUUCCUGGUGAGGCAUCUCGAGGAAAUAAGGACUCUCAUGCUCACGGCAAGUCAGUUGACGCGUCACGACACCAGGGUCCUGACUGUGAACACCCUUCUGGUCCACCUCACUCCAGACAAAGCCAGAUGUCACCUCAAGGUCAGACGUCACCACACGGGCAUCUGUCGUCGCCUCACGGUCAGCAGUCGCCACAUGGACAGCAGCCGGUGCACCCGUCGUACCCUGGUAAACUUAUGAGACACCCCAUAACGGGAGAACUGGUGUGUCCACCCGGGGCAGUGCACAUGCGACACCCUGGUCCAGAGUUGAUGCUUCAUCCAUCUCAAGGAGAGCAGAUCCGAGCGCCAGGACCUGGUCAGCCGCUGCCACACCCCAGCCCAGCAGAGGCAGCCAGGCACCAGACGAACAGUCAGCGCCGUCGCUCGACCGAGAUGAGACCCCCGAGCACCGAUCACCUGAGACAGCUGGAACAGCUUCGACAGCAAGGGGAACAGAUGCACCGAGCAGAGAUGAUCCACCGCAUGAGGACGGCAGAACAGCUCCCGCACAUGGAGGCGCAGAGGCGCGAGGAGCAGCUCCGCAUGGAGCAGCAGAUGAGACACUUGAAGUCUGGGGAACAACCUCCCGCAGGUGAUGCUGCUGCCGCGGCCACCGCUGCUCACCUCAGACACGCAGAGCUUGUCCAGAUAGAUCAGCAGAGGAGGGACGCCCACCACAACCCGCCCAAGGACUCGAGGCAGGAGCUGCAGAAGUUGGCACACAGUCAGCAGCAGGCUGAGGGCAGACACCCUGGGGCCCAUCCCUCUCCCACGGGGCUGACGGGCACCAUGCAGGGAGGAGGGGUGUCGGCACACCAGCGGAGACACGGACCCUCCCCGGACCAGGCCAUGUGCGUGAAGACCCCACCGGCCACGUCGGCAAACACCCUCUAUGCCGGAGUCGUGGCUGGUCAUCCGAGGUCGCUGUCACCCAAAAGUGCCAGUCCUGUUGGUCAGAUAAUUGAACGACUGCCUAACCCAAUGCGCAAGGUGGAUCACAGCUCUGCGGUCACCAACAACAGAAUGCAGAUGUCAGAAUCACCCUUACAACAGCUACGACAACACGCUGGGAAAGGCUCUGACCAAGACAGCCCACGUAACGCCCCGUCGAAAGCUGAACACCGGCCUCCGUCUCAGGACCAGGUGUACAUCUUCAUCCAGCAGGAGAAGCAACGGCAGUACAUGAUCCAACAGGUUGCCGCGGAGGAGGCUCGCAAGUCCCAGCUGGCCGACCAGGCGAUGUUGCGGGACCAGCCCCUCAAUCUGAACCUGUCCGAAACGGAGAGGUCGUCCCGGAAAGGCUCCCAGCCCCACUCUGGUCAGGGGUCAAUGGAUCGAAAGCAGCCGUCAUCCAGUGCGUUCGUGCCACCAGGGGGAGUCGUGGGCCACCGGGAACUGCCGCAGGGUGUCCCGCCCCACCUGUACGCCCACGGCGACCUCCCCAUAUCGUUCGGACAGGGCCCGGUUCGUUUCCCGGUCGCGGGGCUUGCGAUGGACCCGCAGAAUCUCUAUUCGCCAGGCUCCCGACAGGCUCAGUUGAUGCACGAUCUUCAUCAACAUCAUCUUCAGCAGCAGAUUAUGGGAUCGCACAGGUUUCAGUUGGAGCAAGCGGCCGAGAUGCACGCAGCGGCCCAGAGAUCGGCCCAGGUACAGGCGGCGUCGCGGGACACUCAGCGGGUGAUGAUCACACCUGGCCCCACCCAGCCGCAGGGAGCCAGGCUGCCAGGGCAGGUAACUCCGGAUGUCAUUCAGCAGCAGAUGAUGGCCGUACGGAUAGCCACAGAAGGCGGGCCGUCGGGUGACAACAUCCAUGCUGUGUUGCAGCGCUAUCCGGUGGUGUGGCAGGGUGCGGUUGCUCUGAAGAACGAGAACAGCCUGGUGUUGAUGCACUACAUCACGGGAAACAGCUCGCUGCCCAAGGAGACGCUGCCCAAGCCUCUGUCGGACGGCAGUCUGCAGCCGCUUCGUAUCGCACAGCGCAUGAGGCUGGAGCCAUCACAGCUGGAAGGCGUGUCCAAGCGCAUGCAGCUGGAGGAAGACUACUGUAUUCUGCUGGCGAUGCCAUUCGGCCGCGACCACAACGACAUCAGUGAGCAGACCAAGUCUCUGCUGGAGGGCGUCAUCCAGUACCUACAGCUCAAACAGGCAGCCGGCAUCGUCAACGUCCCACUGCCCGGAUCCACACAGCCUGCGUACGUAGUGCACAUCUUCCCGCCCUGCGAGUUCUCCCACGAUGCGCUGGUCCGACACAACCGGCGACUGGCCGAAAACGUGCGAGAGCUGGCCCACGUCAUGAUCAUAAUCACGACGGUGUGAACGGGGAGGGGAGGAGGACAGCAGUACUCUACAUAAACACGAGCCCAGCUCGCUUAGACCAGGCGCUUACCAACCAGUUCAUUGAGCCACUGCCGGGAUAGUUGACCACGUCCGAUGGUAGAUGCAGGGAGAGCUCUGUGUACGAUUACAUCGUCAUCGCUCUGAGCUGUCGAAAGCUAGAGGAAAGCUGAGCUCAGAAGAUAAUUAGCGGAAUAAUUUAUCAGAUGUCGUACCUGGUUAACCUCAAUUCUCUCAAGAAAUUCACCUAGGAGCACGCUCCACUUAACGACAGCCGUGACCGAAUUUUAAAAGUGGAUUUAGUUAUCAAACCAUAUCUUGAGGAUGCAGCCACUGAAGGUUAUCAGCUUAUAGCGAUGUUUUACGAAAAUGAAUUGUCGCAGUUGGGGUGUUGGUACGGAAGCUGUGUUACGCCGAUGAUUGUCUGACUUCGGGGAGUCUUUCUGAAUAGGUUCCCGUUGUCGUGGAUAUAUAUAUUGGUGUUGAAGCUUCUGAGAAUUACGGCUAUGACAUAAAAGUCUCAACUUGCUGAUGAAUAUGGCAGUGUCACUGAGGAUAUAUUGACGUCAUACCUGCCUAAUGACAUCAUGUGACUGAGCAUUCUCAAAAUAUGACAACUGUUGUGCAUUUCACUACACAACUGAAAAUGUUCAUUGGUUUGUGAAAAUGUAUGACAACCAUCACCGGAAUAGACGAUAUUAGCCAGAAUUAACGUAACUUUCAAGGAAAUGUAUGACAACCAUCACCAGAAUAGACUAUAUUGGCCCGAAUUAACGUAACUUUCAAGGAAAUAUAUGACAACCAUCACCGGAAUAGACCCAGAUUGGUGUCACUAACAAGGAAAUAUAUUUCAACCAUAAAAACAUACAUAUAAUCAGUUUCAAGAAUAUAUAUGACGACCGUUGCCCGGUAAGCCAAAAAAGUUUUUUUUUUUUAUGGAAAUCUACAAGAAGAUUUGACCAUAUCAGUCUGGAAUGGAAAUACCUCAUGGAUUAUUAUACAGUCAUCCGGCGGAUUAUAACUAAUGUGACCAUUGUCAUGGAUUAUUAUACAGUCAUCCGGCGGAUUAUAACUAAUGUGACCAUUGUCAUGGAUUACCACUCUGUGACCAUUUCUCCGUUUAAAAAAAUAAUCAUUAAAUGUGGAUAAACGUGGAUUAUGUGCUGAUGUUAAAAAUUUGAUACAACUAAUUGUCAUAGUUUUUUCACAUCAUCAACACUGAAAAAAGAAGAAUAGAAUAUAUAUAUAUAUAUAUAUAUGUAUAUAUAUGUAUGUAUAUGUGUGUGUGUGUGUGUGUUGUCCAAAACAACAGGAAAUGUGACCUGGUUUUAGUGUUCAUUCUUCGGAUACAGUUUUUUGGAAGAAUGUGCUUCAGCGUGUUUCCUACCAGGAUAUGUCAUGUGUAAUACAGCUUUUGACGUUUCAGUUUCAGGGAAAUAUAGUUUUGUUUGCUUAAAAUUCUGAUUGAUUUGUGGAUAGCAAAUAGGAUUACGUAAAGAUUUUUUUUUAUAAUUUUUUUUUUUUUUUUAAUAAAGAUGUUCUGAUGAUAACACGCUUGUUGGCUUGAGGUUCACAGAUGAACAAAAAAACUUGCGACGAAUCUGUCGAAACCUCAAGACAAAUUGACACACAAAAAAAAAGGCAGCUAUUGUUUACGUUUCGCUUUGUUGAUUAUUUUUUUUUAUCAUUGUAUGUAUACUUAGUGUUCAUAUUGAUUUUGUGAUGUACAUACAUACAGCUUUAAUUGAAUCACUCAUGGCAGUUUAUAUCAUGUGCAUCUCUGUGUGUUUGUGUGCGCGUGCGCGUGUGUGUCUGUGUCUGUGUCUGUGCAUGUGCGUGUAAAUCUAAGCAACUAGGCAUUGAGAUCUCAGGAACCCAAACAGUACCCCUCAUGGUCUGUUAGCUGUGGUGACCUCCCCUUUGUUGUGUCCACAAAAAAAACUACAUUUUAUGUGUGUGGGUUUUUUUUAAAGCAGCAAAUCUGUUUUUGUUUGAUAUGUUGUAGAUAUGAAGACGAAUUGUAACGACAGUUUCAUUUUGAAAUGACAUGUAUGUUGCUUAUAUUUAUUGUUAAAUUGUGAAUACCUACUAAACAAAGCAUACCGAUAGGUUUUGCUGUUUGUAGCAGUUUCCAGGAAAAAAUGGACAUCAGGGAGGAAAAAAAGAAAAAAGACUUUCUUGUUGAACAUUGUAUUGAUGAUACUUUUACUAACCUGCAGAGCAGCAGAAAGUGGCAAAAA